CACACACACACACAUACACACACACUGUUGUUCACACGCACCCGGUCCCUCACACUGAACCAGCCGAGAGAGGGAAGAAUGAGGAAGAACUCGCACGCACAUUUCAGCGCUCUCAGAUUUGCUGAUAAAGCAUCAGAUAUUUGAUCGCUACGGGUCUGUUUGGGGAAAAACACGCGUGUAUGGAAAUCGGAGGGUCCAUAUAAUACUCGCGUGGGUCUCUAAUCUUUCCUGAAUCUCCUAUAUAAAAACCUAAACUAAUGCGAGCUGGGAUACUACUGACGGCUUCCGACACGCACUGUCUCCGUUAACAUUCCUGCUGCCGUUUUCCCACAGACUGACUACUUCACGGAACACCGUUACGCAGAAGUUUGUUGCCGAGUAAGGAACGAUGAGGCAUCGUGACACUUCCCCACGCCUCUUCCUGAGCUUUCAGUGUCUAGUCAUCAUGGUGAUACUGCUCUACAACGUCCACUAUGUGACAGCGGAACAUGCUUCAGACCACAGCCAGGAUCAUAGUUCUCCUUCCAACAAGUCUUUGAGCUGUGGUGGGUCAGUUACAUGUGCCCCAGGAGUCAUCCUUCCAAUGUGGGAGCCCCCAAACCCUUCGUUUGGGGACAAGGUUGCCCGAGCCACGGUUUACUUUGUGGCAAUGGUAUACAUGUUUCUGGGAGUUUCGAUUAUUGCUGACCGCUUCAUGGCAUCCAUUGAGGUCAUCACCUCUCAGGAGAAGGAGAUCACCAUUAAGAAACCCAAUGGUGAAACGACCACUACAACUGUACGCGUCUGGAAUGAAACUGUGUCCAACCUCACCCUCAUGGCUCUGGGGUCUUCAGCCCCUGAGAUUCUGCUCUCAGUCAUUGAAGUGUGCGGCCAUAACUUUGAAGCUGGUGACCUCGGACCCGCUACCAUUGUUGGCAGUGCAGCUUUCAACAUGUUCGUCAUUAUUGGAAUCUGUGUCUACGUGGUGCCCGAUGGAGAGCAUCGCAAAGUGAAACACCUGCGUGUUUUCUUCGUUACCGCCACUUGGAGCAUCUUCGCUUACUUAUGGCUCUACCUGAUCUUGGCUGUUAUAUCGCCGGGCGUCGUUCAGGUGUGGGAAGGUCUUCUUACUCUUUUCUUCUUUCCAAUUUGCGUGGUCUUUGCUUGGAUCGCUGACCGCCGCCUCCUGUUUUACAAGUAUGUUUACAAGCGCUACCGAGCUGGCAAGCACCGUGGCAUGAUCAUCGAGACGGAGGGGGACCGUCCUCUGCCAUCCAAGGUGGAUAUCGAGAUGGACGGGAAGAUGCUGAACUCUCACGCAGUGGACUUCUUGGAUGGAACUCUGGCUUUGGAACUGGAGGACAAAGAUCUAGAUGAGGAGGAAGCAAGACGUGAAAUGGCGAAGAUCCUGAAGGAACUGAAGCAGAAACAUCCUGAUAAAGAGGUGGAGCAGUUGAUUGAACUUGCUAAUUACCAGGUGCUCAGCCAGCAGCAGAAGAGCCGUGCAUUCUACCGAUGCCAAGCGACCCGCUUAAUGACCGGAGCAGGUAACAUUCUGAAGAAGCAUGCGGCGGACCAAGCUCGUAAAGCAGUGAGCAUGCAUGAGGUGCGCAGUGACACUGGAGAGAAUGACCCGAUUUCAAAGAUCUUUUUUGACCCUGGCUCUUACCAGUGCCUGGAAAACUGUGGAACCGUGGCGGUGAAUGUGAUCCGACGUGGAGGUGAUCUCAACCAGACGGUGUCUGUGGAAUUCCGCACAGAAGAUGGAACCGCAAACGCCGGCUCAGAUUACGAAUUCACAGAAGGCACUGUCGUUUUCAAGCCAGGUGAGACGCAAAAGGAGAUCCGAGUUGGAAUUAUUGACGAUGACAUCUUUGAAGAGGAUGAGAACUUCCUCAUCCACCUCAGAAAUGUCCGUGUGCUUCAUGAGGGUGAUGAGCCAGAGACCACUGAAGCCAAUCACAUGGAGACCAUCGCAACGCUCGGUGUGCCCUCUACAGCAACAGUCACCAUCUUUGACGAUGACCAUGCUGGAAUCUUCACAUUUGAAGAGCCAGUCGCCCACAUUAGUGAGAGUGUGGGUGUCAUGGAAGUGAAGGUACUGCGUACGUCUGGCGCCCGUGGGGUGGUGUCACUGCCAUAUAAAACCGUUGAGGGAACUGCGCGUGGAGGGGGAGAAGACUUUGAAGACUCCCAUGGUGUUCUGGAGUUCCAAAACGACGAAAUCUUCAAAACAAUAAAAGUCAGGAUAAUUGAUGACGAAGAAUACGAGAAGAACAAAGGCUUCUUCCUGGAGAUCGGAGAACCCAAGCUCGAAGAGACCAAUGAGAAGGAAGAGGAGGAGAAAGAGGUGGGGCAGGAAGAGGCGGAGCCUCUGACAGGCGAAGAGGAAGAGGAACGACGCAUUGCUGAAAUGGGGAAGCCAAUGCUAGGAGAUCACCCUAAACUGGAGGUUAUCAUUGAGGAAUCUUAUGAAUUCAAGAAUACAGUUGAUAAGCUGAUUAAAAAGACAAACUUGGCUCUUCUGGUUGGUACCAACAGCUGGAGGGACCAGUUCAUCGAGGCCAUCACAGUCAGCGCCGACACUUUUGCCAGUAAAGUGGCAGCGAUACAGGAUCAGUACGCCGACGCGUCUAUUGGAAACGUGACAGGCAGCAACGCCGUGAACGUCUUCUUGGGCAUCGGAGUGGCCUGGUCCAUCGCCGCCAUCUACCACAACUCAAAGGGCCACGAGUUCAGGGUGGAGCCGGGUAACCUGGCCUUCUCUGUCACCCUCUUCACCAUUUUCGCCUUUAUCUGCGUGGCAGUGCUCAUGUACCGCCGCCGGCCCGACAUCGGCGGCGAGCUGGGGGGUUCGCGGACUGCUAAAGGGCUGACCACCAUGCUUUUCGUCAGCCUCUGGCUCCUCUACAUCCUGUUCUCCUCUCUGGAGGCUUACUGCCACAUCAAGGGCUUCUAAACACACAUACACGCGCUCACACACGCAUACACACGCAGAACUACACACCUUCACGCAGUGACACACACGAUCAUGCAUUCUGUGGAAAAAUACGCAAAGACUAAAGGGUAAAGACUAAAGACUGCAGAGGAAGGCAACAGCGGCGGACUCGGUUUCGGGUUCACGAGAAUAAUAAUUUUCCGCAGAUCAUCGGCCCGUUCUUCUGUUCUCUCAACACGCCAUUCCUUCAUCCUCAUCUUCCUCUGUUUGUUGUGUGACUGCAUCUGAUUGGACGGGGUGUGACCACAUUGUUCAAGCAUCAAAUCUAGACUAUAAAAGCUACUAUUGCUACCUUUAACUACUGUAGUUGUGCUUUUUUAACCUAAACCAGUAUAAAAGCCAUGUGGGACCGUGGAAUCUGUAAGCUCCCUUCAUAGUGCCAUGGAACUCUGGGUAAUGUGGCUGUGUGUUAUAGGUUUGUUAUCUUAACGGGGACCGAGCGGUACUGUAAUUUUGCUUGGGUGAUUUUUCAGACAGAUGAUGUAAUCAGAGCGGUCCUAAACAGCUUUUGUUGUUCUCAAGAGCAACUUGUAGUUCCUGUGAAGGCCAGUUUUUAUCCCUCUCUUGCACUGGUGCAGUUCAUUCCAGUUCAGAAAGAGAAUAACAAUAAGGAGAGUGCAGUACACCAGCUCUAUUCUCUCCCAGCGCUGAAGCUCUAGAGACCGGAGGUGCACUAGUGCAAGACUUUGAUUUAAAAGCCUUGAUCUGAUGCUCUCAAAGAUCGUAAAGUGCUAUCGAAAGAGCUCGGGUUAAGGAACAUCCUGAAUUUUCAAAUACAAACACACUGCGGUUUGUUACAGUUUCGAUUAUUAAUUUAUGCAAUCGAUGGACCGUGUGUGAGGUCAGCCUAGUAAAGAUAAUCCAGCAUGUGACAUGCUUUUGCCAAGAUCACAUCGAGAGUUUACAAUUACGACUGUUACUUUCCGUCCUAGCAUACACGCAUAAAUUUACGGACACACACUACGAGAAAUACGCAAAACCAGUGACCAUACUUUCAGCGAUUUGUUCUCAGACACACAAUUUGCAAGCAUGUAUAAUCGGUAGUCUUUUGCUUGAUAAACUUGCUCAUACAGAUACAGUCAGUCACUCAUCUAUGUGGAGUUUACGAGGGCACGCUUUCCCUCCAACCCUGCUGAGAUUGCUUCUUUGUACUUUGUAGAUUCGCGGCAUAUGGAGCUGUAAGGUAAGUCUCAUAGAGUAGUCACGGUUUUAGACAUAGGUCGAUUUUAAAAGCAGACAUUGUAGAACUAAUCUGAAUUUGACUCUAAACAUCUUUAGGAUAGCAUGGUUUAACACAAACAAACCGGAAAAAAAAAGUAGCUCUGUUUUAAAUUUUGAAAAUGCAAUUGCAGGAUUUUUCACUCUCCUUUCCAAAGUUCGAUUUUCAGUCUUAGUGGGUAAGUAAAUAUAUGAAAUCGUGUUUCUGGACUGAGCACAGUAGAUCUGACGUAGAUAUUUUGGACUUCAUCUAUUGUGUAGUUUGUGCCAAAUUUGCCAAAGGUAAAAUCUUUCUAAAGGAGAACUGCAGUGUGCCACACAGCCCCUGAAGUGGGUUUUGUAUUUCCAAUCGUACCUUUUUUACCCACACCAAAAAUGUCCUUGCAAGGAUAAAGAGGCCUUGGUGACAUUUCUUAUAGGUGUUUGUAAUGAAGGGAUCCAGCCUACAGCUCUUUUACUGCAUCUGAACACCUUUUCUUGUAACGAAAGAGUGUUUUUAAAGGGAAUCUGUGUUGGGGUUUGUAGUUUCAGAAGCUUGAUUUUGAAAGAAGAAAAAUUUAGCUUGAAUAGCUGUUUAUUCUUUCUUUUUUGUUGUGUUUGUUUUAUUUUGUUUUUUAUUUUGAAUGAAAGGAAACUAUACUGUACCAGCUUCAGGGCAUUUCUGUAGGAAGCCUUUGAUGAUGACCUUCAAUCCCUGAUGAAGAUGGUCCGCUGUUGCUUGCCAAGUCUAAGAUCCACAAGAAAGACACUACAAACAAAGAAGGACAAAACCAACAUCAAUAAAAGACUUUUCCCUGAAGCCUAAUAUCUAUUUAACCAAUAAACAAACAGAUGAAGUUGUAGUGAAGUCGGUGAAACCAUGUGAAUUACAGCCAUACCAAGUUCUGCCGAGAAGACUUUCACGGACUCUUGCUGUACGUGCUGCUCGCUAGCCGUCACACCAACUGACCACAGGUGCGCCUCUCCGUACGGGGCGUUCAAACUGUACAUGGUCUCUACGGUUUAUACUGUAUAUGUAUUUGCUUUGGCAGAGCAGGGGUCAGCAAUUGUGCGUCUGUGCUAUAAAUCAGGGUGUGGCUGCAUUGGAACUGCCCCCCUGUGGAACCUAGCCCCUCCCUUUACACGCCCCCUUGUUUGCCAUGUCCAUAUUUGGAAUGUUAAUGUGCUUCGUGUUGACAAUGCAUGGAUGCUAACCUGUCUGUAUAUAGUACGCAGAAUCCCCUUCAUUAAUGUAGUCGACAGAGGUUUGAAAGCUGUAUAGACAUUCAGAUUUUUGUUUUGUUUGCUUGUUCGUUUGAUUUUCCUGUCCGUAAGUUUCAUUUAAAUGUUUCGUUUUGUUUUUUUGUUUUUUAACUUGCACAUGUAUAUUAAAAAGGCAGUAUCUGUCGUUUAGUACAGGAGCACAUGUACAAACGAAGGAAGCAAUAUAUCAAGGUCCUUUGCUUGGUUGUUGCAAUGGUUAUAUUAUUUAACAGUAUGAAAUAUUUUGUCACUGAAGCGUUCAGGUGUGUAUUUAUAUACUGUACAGUAGAAUGAAGGCAGAGUCACCGCUCUGCUGUUAUCAAAGAGAGAAUACAACGUAUUUAUUUGAAACUUCAGAAUGACAAAUAUUGCCUUUUGGAUUGAUUGUUGCAUAGUGCUUGUUUUGUUCUAGUUUCUUCGCUGAGCAGUGUGUGUGCGAGCGUGUGUUUGUUUGGGCGGUCUGGAGCAGUCUGUGAUAUUUGUAAAAAUUAAGGGAACAUGUAGUCCGUUAUUUAUCUGCUCCGAGUCUGUAAACCAUCUUGCAAAAAUCAGUGAACCAUCUGGAAAAUGUCUGUAAAACAUUAGGAGAAUGUGUGUGAAGUGUCAGGUUUUGCCUUGUGUAUGUCUUACAUUCCUAAACCCUCUCUCUUAUUCACUGCUCAGAUGGACUCUAGUCUUUCAGGGGUUUAAUACUAAUUUUUGAUCAUAUUAUUUCCUCCUCCUCCCCCCUCUCUAUAUCACUCUCUUUCUCACUCUCCAAUCCAAGGCCUCACUAACAUCUUGCAUUAAUGUGUCCAAUGAAAUUAUGUAGGCUGUGUGUUGUAAGCAAUCGCAGUGUAUAUGUGUAACAAUGUUCCUGGUAUUCCUGAACAGUGCGUAUAUGUGUGUAAAUGUCUAUAUCACUUAUUUAUAAUGUAAAGAUUUAUAGCAUGUAUAAAGGUUUGCAAAACCUCUUAUACUGCAGAGAAUAUUGUUCUUAACUAGUCAUUGUCUUUUUUCCGAUAAUAAAUAUCUAAAAAUCUAAAACAAACAAUUAUUUUUUGUUGUUGUUUCAAGCAUAAAUCUAAUACAGUUUAAUGAGGUUUAUGCUUAAAAACAAGAGGGUAAAAAUUAAAUGUUAAAAAGAAUAUUUAUACAGGAAAACAAGACAAAAUGCUGUGUUUUGCAGUGUAAACAACAUGGCAGAAAGCUCUCAUGCCAAAGCAGGAUUGAAUGUAUUGUAUGUAACGUAAUAGCUGGUCUAAAUGAAGGCUGUAAGUUUUAUUAUCUUAUCUGUCUUGUACAGAUCGAGGGGCUCAAAUCAUUGUGUGUGUUUGAUCGCUAUAAGCUAAUGCUGAGAGUCAUGUUAAUGCAAGUGUGUGUGGCCUUGUGGCAUAGUGUGUCUUACAUAGUCCUCUGUCAUGGGCUUAUUAAAGCUGACUCUAUUUUCCUCCCCUCUCUCUCUCUGUCUCUCUCUUUUCUCUUCUUUCUCUCUUGCACUUUUUGCUUUAUUUCAUGCUGUUUUGUUUUGAUCGUUAGGUUGUUUUAAUUUUAAUCUGAAUAAUUCAAUAUGAGAUUUUUUCGUUUUUGUUUUGACUUAUUUUUGUGUUGCACUCAAUCUAAUAAGAUGGACGUCCACUAACUGUGAUUGCUCCCCUAGUACACCUCUACACAGGAAAUAAAGUUUGGGAUAUCCUGUUUAGAGCCAA